CCUCACCCCACAGAAAAAGAAAACUCUUUAUUAGGCUUCAUUUUUGUAAGUAUAAAUAAUCUGAUCAAAUUCUGAUCUAUUAUUGCAAAGUAUAAAUUGGAGUCUUAACUAUCUCACCGAUCCUUCCUCUUUAAUUUGGCCAUCCAUUUCUUUAAAUUGUGUUUGGCCAACAUUUAUCACUAGCUACUACGUGGUCAUGGACUGGUUUUCAUGGCUCUCCAAAACUAACCUCGACCCUUCUCUUGUAUAUGAAUAUGCCCUUAUUUUUGCACACAAUGAGCUUGUACAAGAUGACAUAGCUUACUUCAACCAUGAAUUUCUGCAAAGUAUGGGCAUUUCUGUAGCCAAACAUAGGCUAGAAAUACUUAAACUUGCUAAGAAGGAGAAGAGUAGAAGCUCAAGAAAUCAUAUAUUAUGGCUUAUUUUAGCCAUCAAGCAAACAAAGAAACUUUUCACUAAGCGCAUGAAAAUGUGGACUAGUCGAUCAAAUUCAAGUACUUUUGCCUUAGUGUGGUUGAGAAAUUACAGUUCAAGAUGGAAGGAAGCCAUGUUGAAGAAGAAUAAGAGGCGUUCGACAGCAGCUAAACAGGAAAGUCCUAUUGUUGUACCAGAUCAAAGAACAUUGAUGCUCACAAAUGGUAGUCCAUUUUUGGUUCGAGAUUUUUCUGAUGCCUUAAUUAGCAGUUUUUCAAGCUCUACUUUUUGAGGGGUUUUGUAAUGAAGAGAUAUUGGAUGAGAUUGAUGGAGAGAUUAAGUGGGAUGCAAUGUUUCAAGACUUGAAACCGACUUGAGUAUGUAUUAAUUGAACUCUUCACUUUAGAUUUACUUGAACUGUAUUAAUUAAUUACUCAAAAUUUGAUCCUG